AUGGAGGAGCUCAAAGCGCUCAAGCAGCUAUACUACCAAUUACAUAAUCUUGAGAAGUUCCCCGAAGUGCUUCCACAGGCCAAGAGAGUUUUGCUCUGCUUGCUGAAGGAGACUAGUUCGGCAGCUGAGGCACUACCUGACCAUGAAAGCAUUUUGUCAGUCCAGUCAUUCUCGAGACAAGACUUGGGCGAGUUUCAACGCAGACGAGACAACCAUAUUGGCAAAGAAUGGGAGCAAUAUAACCUUCGAAGGAGAGAGGGGAGACCACGAGAGUUGUUCGGGGGUAGAGAAGAGGCAAUUUGGUGGUUGAAGCAAAUUGCACCUGUCAAGUAUGUUGACGGGGCAUGGUUAGGUCACGUUGGAAAAGUAACCACACCAUUCGCACUGCAGAAAACGAUGAAAGGCGCAUGGCAGAUCUUGUCCGAGGAGUUAGGGGAUGGAGAUUUGGGGAAAAACCAUGCCCACUUAUACCACGCGCUUCUCGAAACCAUCGCGCCUGGUUUUCCAACUGCGGAAGUCCUCGAUUUCGGUCACCCACGGCAUCGGCUCGACGAGCUUCCUGUGUGGAAAUCAGCAAUAGCCCAAUUGCUCAUCUCGCUCUUCCCAAGCGAGUUUCUACCCGAGAUUCUCGGAUUCAACCUUCAUUUUGAAGCUGUAUCCAUGGACACACUAAAGGCAGGAAAGGAAUUGAAGGAAGUUGGGAUCGACCCGUACUACUUCAUUCUCCACAUCUCGAUCGACAACGCUGAUUCCGGCCAUACUGCAAUUGCGAUAGAGGUCGUUUGCGAAUACAUGACCUAUAUACGCAGAGCUGGAGGGGAAGAAGCUGCACAAGAGGCAUGGAAAAGGCUCCAGGCAGGCUACCUCCUCUCAUUAGGCUUGCCAGGAACAGCAGUCUGCCCAUCCAGAAGAAGACUAAGGGAUGGUUCCAGAGUUCUUCUAAGCCCAACGGAAAUGGAGGUGAUUAAGAUUUUCAAGGCCAAGGCACAGGUCGUGCAUGGGAUUCACUGCAGUAGCAAAGUUAGAAUCGGAUCCCGGAGCGUGGCUGAGUGGCUUGACCCUGUUGCACUCGAGUCAAAAAAGUGGCAGAUAGAGUUGCUCGAUGCGCUGAGCUGCAGCAAGUACUGGAUUCGCAGAGGAGAUAGUAGCAACAGCCGCUUUAUUCGGGAAUUGCAAUGGAAUGGAAGAAUGUUCGGCUCUUUCACCCAAGAUGAAUACGAUGUCUUGGGGAAAUGGAUCGAUAACCUGGCCAGCAUAUCCCUGGCUAUGGAAGAUCCGGACGUCAAGCAGAAUACCGACGACGAUAUACUUUCCGGGUACCCAGUAUUUCGGCCUCCGUCCAGUGCCAGAUUCACGGAAACUUGGACCUAUCAACGCUCAGCCACGGCCUUGUUCUCGUUUCAAAGCCUCCCGCCGUUUGAUAUUGGCAACCGCCCCGUUUUCGAGAGUUUCCUCCCGCUCUGGCUUUCCCAUCCAUGUCUCCUCCAAGCAUUUGUCUCCGUUCCCUUCAGGACCAAUAAUGAGUUCGCCUGCACGAUAAUCAAGAUCCUACGUGCGCAAGGAGGGUUUCACAUUGAGCAGGAAUGUGUUGCAGGAAUGGGUGAAGUCCGACGUCCCAAUAGCCUCGGACUUGCCGGGAUUGGCAUGAAUAUGAUGGUGCAACAUGGUCUCUCUCUCGCUGCACUCCCUUCACUCAAACACGUUCUCCAAUCUUGGCCAUUAGAAUUUGCGGUCCAUAUGCUGCACAUCUCGCUGCGGCCAAUAGAGUACAAGGGCUUGCUCAUUGGGAUGGCAACUGCUUUUGCGAAGAUGCAUGUCGCGGUUGUAAGGUCUCGGUUGCAUCUUUUGUCUGCUCAGGACCAGUUGGCUUUGCAGAAGAUAGCCCAGCGAGAGCUGGAAGGCUUGGAGCUUUGCUGGGAAGAAUUGAUGCUCGACGGAAAGAUGCAUGCCGAGUGCUGCGGGGGAUAUCUCGCCGCCAGCCAUGAGAUCAAGAAAUGUUUUCAGUCUUAA